AUGCAUGGAGUACCUCAAAAUGAAAAUGCUCAUGUCAAAAAAAUCGGGGUGAACGUGAAGGUGCCACGGGACGCCGAGUACGGGCACUCUGUCCUGCUGAGGUGCACCUGGAGCCUGCCCCGCAACAACAGCACCCUGUACUCCGUCAAGUGGUACAAGGACGAGUACGAGUUCUUCAGCUACAUGCCGGACAACGAGCCCGACACCCGCAUCAAGACAUACCCCCAGCGUGGCGUCCACAUCGACGUGAGGUCAAGUAACAAAACUGCGGUGCGACUGACCCAAUUGACGCUCAACAGUACCGGUCAGUACAAGUGCGAGGUGUCGACGGGCGCGCCCUACUACGCCACCAACUACGCCAUGGACAACCUGACCGUCAUAGUGCUGCCGAACCACGAGCCGGAGAUAACGGGCCUGGGCUCGCAGUACGCGGUCGGCGAGAACCUCACCGCCAAUUGCACUGCCUGGCCCUCCGUACCCAAAGCCGUAAUCACGUGGGUCAUCAACGGCGUCGAGGCACCUGCCCAUCAGGUAAUAGAGUACCCAGCUCGCAGGGACGAAGUACCGGUCACGUACACGGGUAUUCCGAGCAUCCUGGGUCUGCGCAUGGACGUGAGCUCGAGCCACUUGACGAGGAACCAGGGCACGCUGACGGUGGUCUGUCGCGCACCGGUAGGCUCGAGGAAGUUCGAGGCCCUGAAGCGCGUCCGGGUGACCCACGCCAACAACCAAAGACUCAGCGCCGGGGACUUACGCAGUGCUGGUUUCGCCGCCAGAGCGGCGCCACUUGUCAUCGCCGUACUUUUGGUGGCGCUCACAACGUGACCUGUAGACGUCGCUGAUGAUACAGUCUUCCGCCUCGCGUUGUAAAGGAUAAAUAGAGAUGUGAUGGGCGUGCGUUUGUGUGUUAUACACUUAUUGUUGAGAGGCGCGUCAUCAGGGAUUUCGAUUGGGGCUUGUAAUUAAUUGCAUUUGGGGGCGGUUUGCUCGACUUUUACAUGAUUGGCGUGGUUUUAGUGUUUGUACAUUUCAGACGGGGCGCGAAUGAGACGUUGUCUAGCGACAGGAUUAUGUUUGGUGAAUCGUUCAAAGGUUAAAUGUAACUGGAGUGUGUGAUUUUUUGGGGGGAGUUAUCGUAGGUUAGGGAUUAAUAAAUAUAUUACGUAGAGAGGGCGCCACUCAACCUGAAAGCGGGGCCUUCAAAGGCGCAUGAAAGUAUAUGUUGUACACACACACAUGCAUAUUAUUAUACAUAAAAGUACAUUAUAUUAUUCGAAAGAAGAAUAAAUAAAAAACCUAAGAUUCGUGGAUUCGAAAAAAUGAGGGAUACCCAUAUAUAUGUAUGAUGAAUGAUGACGUGAGGUUUAUCAUACGCUGUAUUGAAAUAAGUAAGGUGAAUCUUAUUCGAACGUAAUACGUAUAUACAAUAUCAUCGGGAGUGCACGAGUUAUGAGAUUAUAUUAUAUACAUAGGAUUAUAACAUUGAUAAAAAAAAAUUAAAAAAAAACUUUUUGCUGUCCAUCGUUGAAUCUAAUAUAAUACUAAUAAUAAUGAUACCUGUAACAUUACGUAGUACGUUAUAUUAAAAUAAUAAAAGAGGCCACUUUUAAGGAUAUACAAUAUCAUAUACUAUAUAUAAUUUUUGUAAAUAACUUAAAUUUGUAAAAAUAACUUAUCGACUUAAUAUUAGUUGAUGAAAGACUCAGGAAACGUCUCGUGAAUAUAUUUUACGUUUGAGGUAACAAAGGGGUGCAUUGUAAUUUUUAAAUAAAUAACGACUUUGAGACCAACGCUUCGAUACAUAAUAAUUGCAUACAAAUGAGGAAACCAGCGAUUUGAUCUCUGUAUGGAUUCCAAAGUGAAUUAUCAUGAAAAUCAAAACGGGUCGAGAGAUACUUUGGAUAAUCAAUGAAACGAUCAAAAGAAAAUAAUUUUUUUUUUUUU